ACCAGCGCAGUAACAUCCUUGCGCAAGGACAUCUCUGUGCACUCGCAAGGAGUUAGUCCGAGUAUUUCGGUCUUUAAAGACUAUUUUAGUGUAAAUAUUGUAAAUUAGUAGGUUUUUCAAAUAAUGGGUCACCUCCAGUACCUCAUUGCGUGUGGUUUUGUGUUAAUUUUAUAUAUCCAACAAGGUGCAUCGAUUAGCUGCUUUAUAUGCAAUAGCCACGACGAUAGUAGUUGUAUGGGCGAUUUUCCACCAGACAAAUACAAGGUUGACUGUCCUGGAAGCAAUUACAUUUUAUGCAGGAAAAUCAAACAAGUUAUCGAUUUUGACGUUAACGGGCUCAAAGCGGAAACGAGAGUCAUAAGAAGUUGUGGCUAUUACAAUAAAAGUCAUACAAAUCAAUGCUACCAGCGCUCUGGAUUUGGUGGACGUCAAGAGGUCUGCGCAUGCCAAACCGACUACUGCAACACAAGUACCACACCACUAGUACCAAUUUUUGUUAUAACUGUGCUCAUCGCCGCCCUUCAAGUAUUUCAUUGAAUGUUACUGUUAUUAGUAAAUAGUGAUUAACUAGAUUUUGAAACUCCAUUUCAAGUAUGUAACGGUGCCUACUCAUCCGCCCUUUUAGUAUUAAUUUAAUUUAUAAAAACGUACUAACACACCUUUAGUAUUAUUAUUAUUAUCUUUACAAAUGAAUGUGAUGAACGCGGUUGAGUAGGUGGCCAAUUUUCAUUUUCCAUUCGACAAAGUAAAAACGCACAAACAAGACAUCUUUGUUUGGCGAGACAAUAAAUUUUGGGAAACAAAAUGGGAUGCUAGCCUUUCUGGUUGUGCGUUUUCAACUUUUUAAAGCUCAUCGAAAUUGCUCAUGUAACCCUUUUUUCUAGAUCGGACGUUAGCCGCAGCAAGGGAGUAAUUUUGUAUAUCAUUUUUUAUGUACGACUCGCAGCUUUUUAGCCAGUGUUAGUGUUAAUGACACAUCGUACUUUGUCAUUUUCAUUUUACUCACGUUAAACUAGAAUACACAAAGGGAAUAAUACUCAUAAAAUAAUAUGCUUAAUAUCAAUUGUUAAUAAUUAUUGAAAAAGUAUAGUCUUCAUGUUGAAUUAUAUUCAUAAACUAGCGUUAGGCUUAAUUAUAGAAUUUUAAUUAAUUCCACGACAUAGAUAAGCGAUUUAAAGAAAAGAUAGCGAUUAGUCCUAGAUAAGUUAUGUUGCCAAAAAAACGUCGAAAAAUAAUUAUGCUACAGCAAUAUGUUAUAUUCAAAAGUCUUACCAAGGAUAUUCGAUAUUGAUAGGUAAUUAUUUAAAAAAAAACAACCAAACGUACGAAAUAGGCACAAUUAAAUGCACAGGAAUGGAUCCGGUCGCCACAUUAUUUUUUUUAUUCUUCAAAUUUUUCUGGAUCCAUGUCUGCUCAAAAGUUAUGAAUAAUUACAAAAAAUUUACAUA